UAAAAAAUAAGAAUGUGAAUUGCGGUAACCGUCUCAAUUCCCGUCCUAUUUCCCUCAAAAGCAAACUUCUUUUAUAUAAAAACAGUCAGAUCGAAUUCAUAAAAAAAUAAAAAGUGAUAUCAGCUAAAGGCUUAGUUGUCAGUCUCUUCUCAACAGUCAACCCUCUUCUUCGCUUGUCGAUUUUUUGUUCUUCUCUAGGUUUCCACUUUAUUAAAAAAAAAAAAAAAGAUGCUUCCUCUUUCUCUUCUAAAAACUGCACAGGGCCAUCCUAUGCUGGUGGAACUGAAAAAUGGGGAGACCUAUAAUGGACAUUUGGUCAAUUGCGACACUUGGAUGAACAUCCAUCUUCGUGAAGUUAUCUGUACUUCAAAGGAUGGAGACAGGUUUUGGCGAAUGCCCGAAUGCUAUAUCCGUGGAAAUACAAUAAAAUAUCUUCGAGUUCCUGAUGAGGUAAUUGAUAAAGUUCAGGAAGAAACGAAGAGUCGUGCUGAUAGGAAGCCUCCCGGUGUAGGCCGUGGCAGAGGCAGAGGUAGAGAAGAUGGUCCUGGUGGAAGGCAACCAAAAGGAGUUGGGCGUGGGCUAGAUGAUGGUGCUAAGAGUGCAGGGGGAGGCCGAGUCAGGGGUGGUUUGGGUGGAAAGACAAGUGGAGGCAGAGGUGGUGGUCGAGGUCGAGGUUGAUUUGAUGCUGCUUUAUUUUGGGGUAACGUUGCUAUUUUAAGAAGCAGGUUGCAUCCAAUUGACUCAAGUGGCGGGUCAAUUCUAUCAGGGUGGUUGUCUUAAGUGCCAAAUAUUAGGUAGCAUACUGGCUCUUCUCGUCCUAAAAGGUUAGGUGGUUGAUAUUUAAACUUUAAGAGCAAAGGUUCGAGAUCUGGCACAGAAAAAAAAAAAAAAAAAGAAAAGGAAAAGAGGGAGCAUUGCAGAACUCAGUUAAGGAUGUUUGUAUUGUGGUUUGUUAUUUACCUUCGUGCGCUUUCACUUAUUAAGGUUGUAGCUUGUAAGACAAAUUGCUGUUAGAUUUAUGCGUUAAAAAGUUAAAUGAUUAUCUCUCUGCUUUUUGUUU